CUGACGCGGGGCUCGAACUCACGGACCGCGAGAUCGUGACCUGAGCUGAAGUCGAAUGCUUAACCGACUGAGCCACCCAGGCGCCCCAAGGGCUUAUUUCUAAGAGGCCUGGCAGUUGAACAAAGGUGCUUGCAGUUUCCUGACAGCUGUCCCGCAUCAGGGGAAUGUUCUCGUCCUACUUUAGCAGUAAGCCUUGGGAAGAACUUACAUCCCAGCAAGGGCUUCUCGGUGCCCUGGAGACCUACUGUCCUGGGACACGCCUUUUCCUGGCCUGUCUUCAACUAAACUCUCUCCUGGCUCGUCAUCAAGUCCUUCCCCAGAUUGGCUUUCUUAACCUUUCUUUGAAAUGUCAUCAGGAACCCUGAUCCUGGCACCAACUUUACCACUUCUUCUUUAUCAGAAGGGUACAAAAUGAAAACAUAUCCUGCCCUUGGUUUGGGUUCUUCCAGAAAUAGACCUCUAGAGAAGGAUUCUAGCACAAUUAGUUUCUUGGGUACAUGUUCUGUGAGAAGGUGAUGUUGGGAAGAAAGGCAGCCAAUAAGGAGUGUGUGUUAAGCCAACUGCCAGCAUGGAUCUGGAGCUCAAUCCCAUGGGACAUCUGUGGAGAAGAACAGUGUGGAAAGUAUGUCCCAGAAUGAUCCCUCUUCAGGCCUGAGGGGACUGGGCUCUUGUUUACAAUAGCUUUAUUGAUGUAUAAUUUUCCCACCAGGAUAGUGACCCAUUCUAAGUGUGUGGUGAUUUUUGGCCGAUUAGAGUGUGCUGUAACUUGCACUGCAAUCCACUACAAAAAUAGUUUGGUUUCCUGCAGUAUGCCCCACGGAUCUGUCUCUUGCUUCAACAGUGUCUGGAUGGAACGGAUGCAGGGACGCCCCUUCUACCAGCCUCCCGACCACCCUCCAACCUUUUUUCCAGUCACAACCUUUGGAGCCAUCUUCUCGGCCAUCCUUUGCCUCUGGGACUGGCCAACACCCUAUUUUGAGCUUAGCUUCUUCUUACCCAUCAACCGUGAGCUCCCCGGAUUCCUCAGAAUUAUUUCACCGAGGUGGAGGGGGCUGUCAACCUCCUGGUCAACACGCAUCUGCAGGCCUCCUACACCUACCUCUCUCUGGGCUUCUAUUUUGACCGUGACAAUGGGAAUCUGGAGGGCAUGGGUCACUUACUUCCGCGUGUUGGCAAGGGUGCAAGGGUGUGGAGUGUCCCCGGAAGUUGCAAAGUCAACCAGGCAGCCACACCCUCUUCCGGGACCAGGACCAGGCAGAAGCUGUUCCAGGAUGAGAUUAAUAAAACCCUGGAUGCCACAGACACCGCCCCGGUUCUGGUGAAGAAUCUGACCCGGGCCCGUUUGGCUCUGCGUGCCCUGGGUUCUGCCUGCGCGGGCCCCCAUCUCUGUGAUUUCCUGGAGGACCAGGAUGAGAAGGGGAUCAAGAAGACGGGUGACCACCUGACCCACACCUGCAGGCGGGAUGGCCCCCAGGCUGGGCUGGGCGAGUAUUUCUUCUAAAGGCUCGCCCUCAAGGGGCACCUGGGUGGUUCAGUCAGUUAAGUGUCCGACUUCGGUUCAGGUCAUGAUCUCAGGUCAUGAUCUCAUGGUUCGUGAGU